GCAUCUGCGCGGAUUUAGAGCUUGUCUACGUUAAUGGUACACAGAAUGCAGCUUAGCCCAAUCCAAAUCUCACAGAUACUUUAUGUUACAUUUGUUAAUUAUGGAUAUCAGAUGGUGACUAUCAUUAUUGUAUUUGUAUACCCACCGAGAGUCCAACUGUAACAAAUUAGAAUCAAUGCUUUCAUCUCUAUUUAGACUCUUGCUUCCAUCUUUCUAAGAAAUGAUGAUGGCGUCGAGCAGGAAAUCCACUCAAAGAGCAUGGUAGAGGCAAGAAAAUUUUAACUGUGUAAAAUCAGAUCUUCUAUCAACUUUGCAAGAUGAACUCACAGGGUCAAGUGACCAGCUGCUCUCUAACAGACCCCCCAUUGAAGCGCAAACGGGGCCGUCCCCGCAAGGAUGAGAGCAUGGCACAAGGUGAGAUUCCUCCUGCAUUGCCUGUGGCUAAAAACAAACAGUCUGCAUUUAUAACUGGUGCUGUUGUUGAAGAAAUGGUGGGUCAAGUUGUUUCUGGAGUCAUUGAGGGCUCAUUUGAUGCUGGAUAUCUUCUUAAAGUUAAGAUAGGUGAUACUGACACUUAUCUGAGGGGUGUUGUGUUUCUUCCGGGCAGAUUCUCUCCAAUCACAGCCUUAAAUGAUGUAGCUCCACAAGCGAAGAUGUACAGAAGGACAGAGAUGCCCAUACCAGUUGCAAAUCCACAAACUCUAGUCCCUGGCCCAGUUCCUUCAUUGGAGCAAAGCGAUAAGCAUCCCGCUGAGCUUCAAAACUUUGGACCAAUGAUUCAAGUCCAAGGGCUACCAUCUGAACUUCAACCCGGUGUUCCCAUUUCACAGGAAAACCAACCUGCAUCAAGCGUCCUUCCUUCCUCUAAUGUCCUUCCUUUGACUGAUAACCCACCUAUGAGUAGCACAGGAUCUUCCUCGGGAGGCAGAGUUGCACCACAUAAAAUUAAAAUUAUGGAAUCAGGACAUGGAAGCCAGUCUACUAUUGUUAUCCCACAGAUGGUACAUGAUAAAGUUGCUGAACAAGAUGAGGCGGUGAAAGAAUUUGAUUGUUCGGCAACAAAAGUUCCUAAUGUAAAUCUGGAGGCAACUGUGCAAUCAAAAUCAGUAUCGCAGUCAGUACCUUCUACUGAUAGUAUUCCUAGCAGUGGAGCUGUUAAUCUUGAGCUUCAAAUUCAACAUCAAGCUGUGAGUGAUGAAUUAAAGCCGAAUCAGUCAAUUAGUGAUGGGGUAAAAAGUCCAAACCUUGAGCAUAAUCAAGUUCCUGUAACAAAUGAACCUGAAUUCAUAUCUGCUGAACCAAUUGGGUUAAAAAUUUGGAUGGAAAAACUGGCUUCUCCAAAUAAAGCUGCAGUGCCAGAGCUUGCUGUGAAUGUUAUUAGUGGAAAUGAUGCAUCCCACUUAAAUGGGAGGCCUGGAAGUCGUGCUGCUAAUGUUACUAGGGUAGACUCAGAGUCUGCACCAAUAGGAGGCCUUCCAGUGACACUAUUUGAAAGAGAAGCUAUUCCAUCUGCAUCCAAGCUUGCAACUGAAGGAUCUCCUACUCAAAGGAUGAUUGAACCGCAGUUAUGUAAUCCCUCUAGUGCCACUAGCAUCUUGAAGGCCGACUCUGAUUCUGCAUCAAUGACGAGCUUGCCAGUAACUCUAUUUGAGAGAGAAGCUAUUCCAUCUGACCCUAAGCUUGGUAUUGAUGGAACUGCUCUUCCAAGAAUAACUGAACCUCUCUUCUACAGCCCUUCUGGUGCAGCCAAUAACGUGGAUUGCAACUUGAAGGAUGCAAUUCCACCUGCAGAAUCUUAGGUUUAUACAUUGAUAUGAAAACAUUAUGGGUAGGACAGUUGCAUCUGAAACUACAUAAACAGGAAAAGCUGUGAUAGAAUUGGCUUCUAAUAGCAGAGGUUGGACAAUAAACAGGGAUGCUGCGUAAUAUUUCUAUAGUCUAGAGCACUGAUAUAUGCUUAGUCUUAAACUUUAACCUACUAUCAUUUGCUCUGGAUGGUCUUGCAUUGUUAACUACUGCUCUCUGCCUAAUUUGGAUCCGAUAAUAUCUGUUAUACAUGUAGUAAAGGAGGCAGAGUUUUUAUGAUAAUGUCUUUGCAUCUUUUGGAAGCGUUGUAGUUGAAUUGACAUGCUUUUGCCUUGAUCACCA